AUGAGCCUAGCGCAAGCUCGAGUGCUACAACGUGGAGCAGAGUACUGGGAUCGUGGUGAACAAGAGCAGCGCCUUGUUGCAGCUUUUGAUAAAUGGGCUGAAAAAGGUGUGUGGUCAGCAGCGGCUCAGAAGUUCCCUCAUACCUCGUUGUUGACUGCAAGUUCAACCACCAUGUCUCAAUGCAAAUGCAAACACCUCUCUACUACAAUGUCCAUCAAAGAAACGUACGUUCUCCCCACAGGCUCUCUACGCACCACAAAGGCGAGUCUCACUCAGAUACGAAAGGAUCGUCUGGCCUUUGAAGAACAGCAGCGAGCCAAUGCACAAUUUCUAACUGCAGAAACACGCCAACUUAUUUCUGAAGCUGCUAUCAAUGCCCGAAAAGCGGUGGUAGAUGAUCCUGGAUUUUUGGCUGACAUGGACGCCAAUGACGCUGGUGAGAGUGGUUAUGGGAGUGAAGCCAAUGCUCCUCCUGAAGACUUAGAUGUCGAUGUGGAUGAUGGUGAUGCGAGCACCUUCCAACUUAUCCAAUGA